AUGCAUUCACUUGGUCUGGACUUCCAGAAUCUAGUAGUUGUUGCAUGUGCACUCCUUGUUGUUUUCUAUGUGGCCCUUGUAUGUGUUGAUUUGGUGACAUUCAUUGUGAAGGUGAAGAACAAGCAUGAAAGGUCCUGGUCAUCUCAAAAGCCACAUUCAGAGUCAACAGCAGUCUAUACUCAUCCAUCUGCAAUCUUACCUUCAAAGGCUUGCUUUUUCUGGCUCAAUCCUCUGCUCUGGAAGGGCUACUGGAAACCUCUGGAGCUUGAUGACUUAGGCACAAUCCCUUCUGAAGAGAAAGCAAGUGGCCUCCAUCAAAAACUCUUGGAGAUCCUUCAAGCUUCAAAACAUCCAACUGUGAAGAGCAUUGGGCAACUGACAUGGAAGAACAUGCUCUACUUUGCCUCUCCAUUGUGGAUUGUUGGAGGCGUGUUGCGUCUUUUCACAGACCUUUUGGGUUAUGUGGCUCCUCUUUCUGUCCAUGCUAUUAUCACAUUUGUUGCUACCUUUGAAACUGUGAAGGUGGAUGAAGAUCAUGUCCAAGAACAAGAAAAAGGGCUUUUGACGCUGGGAGAGUUCUUCUCCAAUGGGUUUGUGAUGGUAAUCAUCCUAUGGCUGAGUUCCCUUGCCCAGGGCAUCCUCUCCCAAGCUUCAUCACACUGCAACAAUGUUGCUGGGAUCAGACUUCGUGUAUCAGUGAUCCUCUAUCUGCUGUACAGUCAGUUGGGAGUAAGUGCCUUGAUUGGAGCCAGUGUGACAAUUGCCAUCUUGACCCCCCUUCAAUUUUACUUGGCAAAACGGAUCUCUUCCACUCAGGAUUCUAUCCUUCAUGCUACUGAUGCCCGUCUUAAGCUCAUCACAGAGAUGACACAUGGCAUUAAGGUUUUGAAAAUGAUGAACUGGGAGGGAAUAUUUGCAAGGCGUAUCAAUGAAGCAAGGGAUGCAGAACUUCAUCUCCUUUGGAGGGAUUCCAUACUUUGGGUCCUUGUCAGUGUGAUCCCACAGGCAUCCUCUAUUCUCGUGACCCUGAUGACAUUUGGUGUGUAUGGUAUCAUGGAAGGCAAGACCCUCACCUCUGCCAAGAUCUUCACAGGCCUUGCAUUUUUCAACCAGAUGCUCAUUCCACUCUUCAUCCUCCCUAUUGCUGUCCAUGUCCUUGUUAAGGCUCGUGUGAGCACCUGCAGGCUCUUGGACUUCUUUGCCUUGCCUGAAGUGAAGACCCUGAGACCCGAGGGUUCAGAACUCCAAAAUCCUGAUUUGAAAACUGAAGCAAACUUGAAGAACGCAGAAGCAGAGUCAUUACUUCCUGCAUGCAAGGAUGAAACAUUGAUGAAAACUCAGGCCAAGGUUGAAUUUGACACAGGUAGCAAUGAUGAUGAAGAUGAUGAUGUCUUUGAACCAGAGGAUGACCAUCCAGUUUGCACUGCUGUAGCCAUCCGCAAUAGCUUCUUUUCCUGGAACUCAGGAAGCCCUGUCUUGCGGGAUAUUUGCACUACGUUCCCUGAGGGCAAGCUGACCAUGAUUCUUGGCGAUUUGGGAGCUGGGAAAUCAUCCCUGUUGGCAGGUAUUUUAGGGGAGAUGUUCCAUGUAGGAGGGCAUGUUAUGAUCAAGGAAGAACUGAAGCAAUCAAUAGCAUAUGUGAAGCAAAGGCCAUGGCUUUUCAAUGGGAGUGUGAAGGAGAACAUUGUCUUUGGUCAUUCGUGGAAUCCCAAGCGAUACAAGCAUGUUUUGGGUGCUUGUCUUCUUGAGCCAGACUUUGGAAUUCUCCCUGCUGGGGAUGGAACAGAAGUGGGGACUGGUGGGAGCAACAUUUCAGGUGGUCAAAGGCAGCGAGUAGCCCUUGCUCGAGCAUUAUACAGCAAUGCUCGACUUGUCCUUCUUGAUGAUCCUUUUGCUUCUCUUGAUCCUAAGGUGGAGGCAAAGGUGUUUCAGCGGGCUGUGGUUGGUUGCCUUCUUCGGCAGAAACGAACAGUGAUCCUUGUCACCAAUCGCAUCCAGUUUCUUGCCCAUGCACACCACAUUGUGGUCCUCAAUGAGGGCCAGAUCGUCACACAGGGUUCAUGGAGCAACAUUGAAGAGGAGCAACCAGAAAUUUGCCUUGAAUGGCGCAAAUGCAUGGCCAUUGAGGAAGAGCAGCUACGCCGGAGGGAGCAGGAGAGUGAGAAUGCCCGUGAGAAGUGGAGGAUCCUCAAGGCUGUUGCCCAGUUUGGUUUCAACAAGGCUGGCAGACGACGUUCCAAGGCAUCAUCAUCUCGAACCAGUCCCAGCAUCACCAGCUGCAUAUCCUUUCAUGCUCCACCACACAAGCGAGUCCAGGAGUUGUGUUUGCCAUUCAGCCGUCACCUGUCCCUGACUCGCCAGGUGUCACAUGACAUGGUGCUGCCAAGUGAUGAAUAUGAUUGUGUCCUUACUCCAGCCUCCCUCAUCCACUGCAGCCAGUCACACCGAUUUAACCAAUAUCAACAGACCCUCCUUGCCUCACUGCAUCCUCCCUUGUCACACACAAAGUCUGCAUCUAUCACAGCAACAGAAACCUCCCCUGCACUUGUGCGGCCGUGUCUCUCUCGUACCAAGACGUCUCCCGGUAGCACAAGUGCCUCCAUCAGGAAACACUUUUAUCAAAGCCUGCUCUCCCAUACCUCUACCAGGUCAGAUCUUUUGCAUAAAGACAGUGUGCCAUCAGCAAAAGAUCUAUUAAGGAAAAAGGAGUCAGCUGCAUCAUGGUACAGUGAUGUCACUGGCAUCUCCCUUGAGACUGGAGAAUAUGUGAAUAUAGAGGAGCUGGAGUUUUUGAUGCGAGAUGAUGAGAGAAAACGAGGUCACAUCCCUCGCACCCUAUACCAGGUGUAUGUGAAGAGUAGUGGACUCCUUCCAGCCUUCCUCUAUUUCCUCCUGGCCUUAACAUCCCAGGCCAUCCGAAUCGGGAUGGAUUUCUGGCUUGGCCGAUGGGCUGCCCACUCUGAUGUCAUUGUACGGAAUGCUACGUCUCUACACACUGACCUAAACAAAGAUAAUCAUAUUGGGCUAUACUAUUGGGUGUAUGGCAUCCUAUGCAUCAUCUCUAUAUUGGGGAUCCUGUGCACACACACAGUAGGUCAGUAUGCAGGAGCCAGGGCACGUCAAUCCCUCCACCAGCACCUUAUUGAAGUUGUUAUCUCAUGUCCUCUGAGUUACUUCUCUGCCUCAGUUGUUGGACGCCUCCUCAACCGCUUCUCAGCUGAUGUUGGCAUCCUGGACAAACAUUUGGCACCAGCCAUUCAGCGGCUGCUGUAUUUCUUGUUGCUGUGCAUCUCUGCUCUGGUUGUCACUUCAAUUGUGGUCCCCUGGUUCCUACUUCUUGCUGUCCCUAUUGCUGCCAUCUAUUACUGCAUUCAAUCCAUCUUCCGAGCUGCUGCCAGUGAUAUCAAUUGCGACAAGAUAUGUAUCAAGAAGGAUAUUGAAACUCUUUCAUGA